AUGGAUGGUUUCGCAGAAGCCAACCAACUUCUCUCGUCGGCACUCGAGCAGCUCGAUGAUAUCAUUCGAAAUGGUGAGCAUCCUCUUUUUCAGUCCACUUCUAUGGUAACAUCAUAUUAUUUCUCUUUCUCAUAAAAUGCGCCUAAUAGUCGGUGUCGAAAUGGUUCAUUGCAUUGCAAAAAUGAAAAAGAAGAGGAGAGAAAAGAGGUCCAAAAUGAAAUGGUCAUAAAAAUAAGUGUGUAUGAGAGAGCGCACUUAUUUAUUUGACUCGCAUCUCGGAAAUUUGUUCGGAUCCUCAUAUUCAUAUUUUGCUGUUUCCUAUGAUCACUCAUUCCUAGGAUGUUGACACGUGUUUGGUACAGUCUCACUGACAAUGAGCAAGGUAAGUCGAGAAGUUUUGCAACUGGACAUUCUGCAACAGAAAGAACUUUUAACAGCAGAAUUUUUGGAAAAAUUAGCAGAAAACUCGGAAAAUGUUCCACUGGUUGCAAACAGUCCGGUUGUAAAACGUCUAGCCCUGACAGUAAUACUGAAAGUCAACAGUAGUACUACUUUUGACAUUGACUCAUUUUGACAGCACCAAAUCACCGUGCAGACCAAACGUUUUGGGCUGAAAUCAGGCAAGAACCUUUAAUUGAACAGAAACUAUGAUCAAGACCAAAAGAAGACGAAAAUUGACGCAAUAAAAUACAAAGAAUACCGUUUUUCUCGUCCUCAUCCUUCUCACCUUCCUCUCUUCAUCCCUCUCCCUGUUUUCACUGUUCCUUCCGAGGAGGCAUUCAUUUUCAUUGACCGGCGACAGUCGCCACCGCCGACCGCCGCCCCGCCGACUGGUUUUGUUGUAUUCAUAACGACCAGUAUGGUCUUUAGUGAAAAACGAACACGAGGAGGGAAGAAAGAGAGAGAGAGAGAGAGAGAGAGAGAAGUAUAAGGAUGGUAGAAGCGGCAAUAUUUGUAUUUUCAUUUUCAUUUCCAUUUCCAUUUUUGUUCCUGCUAGCCCAUUCCCUCAACACACACACAGUAGUCGUGCUAUUCUAUCCUCUUUUCCUGUUUUUUUUUCCUGUUAGUCGGUGUACUCUUCUAUUCCUACACUUUAGGCCCCGGAAUUGUUUUAUGAAAAAGGCUCGAAUGUCGUGUGCCCGCUUUUGUCAUUUCAUUUUCAGGCCCGGGAGUCAAAUGUCCUUGAGGGUCUUCGUUUCGGUUUUCGCGCCAAAAUUUCCGUUCCUCGCUCAAUUUCAAUUUCCCGCCGUGACAUUUUUUUCAAUUUCCCCCCCGCCACUUGGGACCAGUUUGAUGGAGAAUAGAAAAGUUGAGCACUGAAACUAAACUUUUUUCGUUUGUCUGGAAAAAAAAAGUCUUUCAAUUCAUUUCCCCUCCCAUUUCACCACUUGUUCCAUUUCUCGUCACUUUACUCUUUUCAUUUUCUUUGCCCGCCGAUUAGUGUUUGCCUGUUUGUGUACUCACUUCGCGCACCGCGUACUGAAUAAUGACAGAGAAGAUAACAACAAGAGGUAAACACGUUUUGGUGUCAAAAUGAGUCGUCUUGAAUGGUCCUUGAAAAAGACAAUCUUGGUCAUUCACCCGGGCACCAACAAAAUUCACACGCAGAUUUUGGUCGAGUGGUCUAAACCUUUCUUUUCUUUCCAGGCAACACAACUUCUCGCAGUACAACCACUCUUCCACCGCCAAUCAUCAAAAAGUCGUUUCGAGACCUUUUGCCUCCGCCGCCAGUGCUCCGAUCCACAUUUUCACAUAGGAUCAUGGAAAAUGGUCAUGGAAACAAGCACAUCAAUGAUGGUGAGUGAACCGAGCAGAAAAAGAGCGCAUAUGAGUCUGGAAUGCGAAUGCAAAAGAGUGUAUUUUUAGACAUUGACAAUGGAAAUGCCGAUGAUGAAAGAUCUACUCGCGAGAUGAACCGACAAUGGAUCAGUACCGACUGGAAACAUCGGACAGGUGUGUUUCGACCAGAAUUGUCGAAAAUUGGCCCAGCCCAUUUUAACCGAUCUGAAUUAUUAUCCAAGAAUUUUGUGAACAGUCAUGUUUCCAAAUCAGUUGGUUGCAAAACGUCCAUUGAUUGCUAAAUGCAAUCUAUUACCGACGUCACCCUCAGUUUCUCUAGAAUAACCCCAGCAUUUCUAGUACCUCAUUAUCGCAUUCUCUUAUUCUGUUUACCCACUUGUUCUGUGAUUCAGAACUCAAAUCUUAUAAUACUUCAUUUACGCAAUCCAACAAAUCUCUAGACAAUUCUCGCACUUCCUGGUGCAUGACUCAUUCUCACCUUUCGCAUCUUCAGACCUCGGCUCAGACGGUUCGUCAGGCGUCGAGUCGCCGCCUUCGGACCUGCCCACGUCAUCGUCCUCGUUGUUCAAUCCUCCACGCAUCUAUCAGGAGUUUGUGAAGGCCAUCGAUGAGCAUACAAUGACAGAGAGACCCGAUUUGGAAACGCGGCUUAAGAUUAUGCAUUGGGUGGCUGGAAGAACGGUGAGUGUUUGGAACUUUUUUGCGAAAUUUGCAUGUUUGUGACGUUUGCGCGUGCUGGCAUGUUGAAUUUUGUGGUGUUCAAUUGAAAAAUGAAUGGGUCAAUGAGAAAUUUGGUGGCCCGUCUUUGGAAUAAUUGGAAAACCCGAAAACGGGAGACGGGGGGAAGAGAAAGAGAGAAAGGCAAGCGGCUUCUCGUUUUUCUCUUCAUUUAUCUCUAAAAUGGUAGGGACCUCAUUUUUUGUGUGUUUUUUUUUCCGAAUAAAAUGUCAAGAAGACGUUCGCUUUCUUCCUUUCUUCUUUCCAACCAGAAAACGUUAUGAGGAAGGAAGAGAAGAAGAAGAAGAAGAAGUUAGUGUCCUAUUCCAAUGCAUCGAUGUCCAUUCUAUUCCCAAAAAAGAAACAACUAAGGAGAGGAAGAGAGAGAGAGAGAGAGAGAAAGAGCUGGGAGGAUAUGUUGCGGUUCUGUGACGACCGAUACUAACACAAUUAGCGGGACAGAGGUCCACCAAUACUCUGCUGUGUGUGUCCCUUCCAUCUUUCGGAGAGGAAACAGACGUUUCCUGAAGCUACUAUUCUCCAUUUUCUGUUCUCUGAUGUUCAGCAACCUGAGAACUUUCAAAUCUGAAAUAUAUCUGAAUUAAAAUGCUCGUCUAAAUUAUAAUGGGAAGUCUAAAGUCGGAGUCAAGUCCGAGUCCUUGAAAGUUUUCCAAACCCACCCAGUUGUUCUGUUUUCCUCAUCAACUGACAAUUACCCAAAAAAAACUUUGUGCGUAUGCAUGUGUCUUCCUAUUUUUUCGUCUUCUUCUUUUUUCCCCUCCAACUUCUUCUUCUGGGGGUGGACUUCGGAGUUGUCUCCCACUCCCACUCCCACAACUCGGUUUGCCUCCCACCACUAAAUCCUUUCCUCAUUUGGGAUUCUUUCCGAAAAGCACUUCUUUCGGGGACCGCUCUUCAUUCACUUAGUCUCUAUCAAAUCGCUAACUUGGAUCCGGUCAGAAUACAGAAUGAUCUUGAAAUGUUUUCCAAUUCUAUUCCCAUUCCGUUUUGUCGGUUUUCUGUUUUCUGUUUCAAAAAAAAAAAAACCAAAGAUCUUCCCAACAUUUACGUCAAAAACUGUUUUUUAAACUCUUUUUUUGAAGUCUUUCUUUGAUCAUCUCUUUGAAAAACAUUUCUUAAAUCUGUUUCACAGAAAAGCAUUUAAGGUUGUUGACUUUUCUAAAAAAUGUACAUUUCGAGAGCAUUCGAGCAUCCGGGCCUAGCCAGGCUGAAAUUUUGAUUUUGCAAGUAUGCCCAAUCUAAGUACUAGUAACCAUCUUUCAGUAAAACAUCCUCUUGGCCCAAGCCCAUUUCUCCUAACCGAACCAGGUCAUUUAUAACCAAAAGGCAUAUAUGUAUAUUCGGUUUUCCCCCCAUCUCAUUUUUCUUCUCAAAAACGGAAAGAUCUUUUUGGGGCAAUUUUCUGUUGCCUUGAAUGAUGGAAUGUAGGCCAUUCGUUUCCUUGUAUAGUUUUAGAUGACUCACGUAAAAUAGCGAGAAAAGUGUGAUGGUGAUAAGGUAAUUUUGGUUGCGAUCGCCUUAGGGGGUGGCGGUGUUUGUGAGUUGUGUUAGAACUUUUUAAUUUGUUGGCAAUUUUAAGUGGAGAGUAGUAUGAUCUUUUUUCGAAAAAUCUCGGAAGCCCCCCCCCCCCUAAAUGUUUGCCCAGCCACUAUUUUUGUUGCGAAUCACUCUCAGUUACAAUAUUGUCAAGUGCCCCUAUAUUUUUCGAGUCCUUGACGAAAAUCCUCUUGCUAAUGAUUUGUUCUGCGAGCCCUUCACAAGCAACAAGCAAAAAAACCGCUGACAAGUGACACUCAUAAUCAUUUCGGCACGUCUCUUUGAUCUGUCUAAAGCAACUUUACGAGGGGUGCGAAAAAGUGAUUCCUCUUGACAAAGAAGUCGUAUUCUCAUUUCUUGUCAAAAUGAUCAAUAAUGAUGGAUAGCGAACAUGAUAUACUUCUUUACUCUAUCUCUAUGUGUGUGUGUGUGCGUGCCUGCUCAGACUGAAGAGACUUCUUCAACAACACAAAAUUCUUUGUGUAGGGGAAAUCGUGAGAAGCUGGGCCCUGGCGGCUAUCUCUUCGCUCGCUCGCUCGCUCGCUUGCAGUAGUGAUUGAUCCGUGUGCGCCUGGAGGGGCCGUUUGUCUCUGUGAACAGUUGUCAUCACGCAUUCCACAGCGUGUCUGUCGACUCUCUCUCCAGCUCUCUUAUCAGUCGGAGCCCGCCGCCUGCAAAAAACGGGAGAGACCCACAGGAAGGACUAUAGUCCCCGUACACCCUCUCUAUCAUCUCAGCAUUUCAUAAAUUCAUAUUCGCUCUAUAUGUACUCGCGACACAGCAUCGGCGAUGCUCUGCCUUGUACCACUCCGGAAGACGUUUUGACAGUCAGUUCAUUGCAAAACUCACAAAUUGACGCGUUCGCUGGAGUGGAUAUACUGCGCAGUUCGGGCAGUGGCAAUAUAUUCAAGGAUAAUGGGUCAAUAAAACGGUGAGUAGAAGAUGAGCCCUUGCGGGGUAGGGGGGACAUGUUUCUCCAAUUUUCUCAAGUAAUCUACCCUCCCCACUACUAUGUAUUUGUGAUUGUGUCUAAGAGGGACCCGCAACUUGUACUUUUUCUAUUUCUGAAAGACCAAACAAACAAUUGGUCCACUCUUUCCUAAUGAUCUACAUCAUUACCAUUUAGACUGACCCAUUUCAAAAUGCAAUUGUGCCGACGAAUUCUCGAAAUUCUCAAAAAUUCAUGCAUAAACUCAAUUAGUGUUCAUGUGUUCUACUGUUCAGCCGUCAAGUCCUUCCCUAUGUGACCCAUUACUCCGAUUCCGGUUUCGGCUCGGCACCAUCAGCUGGAUCCAGCUGCUCAUAUCUUCCUCCGCCGCCGCCCUACCGUAUGCGGCCCGGAAGUGGGCCCACAAAACCUCAGCACAAGAUUCAUCGCAGUUUGAGUGAUUCCAAGUACACCGCGAGCCUGAUGAGCGCGGUUCCCAUGCCGCUUUUGUCCUCCAUGACGCCGUUGAAUGCGUUACAGCCAAGAGAUGCUCGCGGAGCAAGUUGGAUUAGUUUGGUUAGUAGGUGUGCGUUGAGAUUGCCGUGAGGUCCUUAUCAGCUUACUUGAACGGGCCGGGCAGAACUAAAAUGAAAAUUUUCGUCACGCUCAUUCCGGACAUCUGGAAAAUGAGGAAACUUGAACUGUAGCUUUGUUUUUCUGGUUACGACCAUGUUAUACUCUUUUCUUACUUAUCGAGAAAAAUAGCAUUUAUUUGAGCGAUUUUGCAACAAAAAACACUACAACUCUUUGACUGUUUUGACAAUGAACUUCCAGGCUGAAUAUUUGAAAUUAUUUAUGCUUAUUAGUCCUUGAUGAUUCCAUUGAAGUUGAAGAUUGUUGCUUCGCUCAAAAUGACAUCACGUCUCCUUUCCAAAAGUUCAUUGGGACCUCACAAACUUUGCAACUGCACCCUCGAUUUACUCUCUGUUUUUUCUCUCUCUCUUCUUCUAACCGAACCUAACUCAAUCCAUCCAAACCAAUUUCAACUUUUUAACGUGCAUCCCCCGCCGACUUUGUGUCCAUCAUCAAUUUAACAACUAACACAUGUUCCGGCAAUGAGUUUGAUCCACUAAUUCUUCGAAAAGAGUAGAAAGUGAGAGCGGAGAGCGGCGAGCGACGGGACCGAAUUGAUGAACGAUGUGACAGAGGAAGGGAAAAGAGAGAGAGAGAGAAAGGAAAUUGAGAUCAGAUCCUGCUUGAGGAAUGUGCGGAAUGCUGCUCCGUUUUGACAUGUGGACGCGAGAUGAAAAGACUCCAGCGCCGGGGUCCGAAACGCAAAGAAUUUCUCGCUAUCUGUUCGCUUUUUGUAGUCGGAUUGAUUUGACGAUCGGCCGAAAGGCUCUCGAGAAGCGUGUCGCGUCACAACUAGAAAUUAUAUUGCAAGAAACAUAAAAAAGGCAGAAAAGGGGACCCUCUAGAGCAAAAAGAAGAGAUAAUUAUCCGGUGCUGGGGGUGGAUGACGAGGGCGGUUGACAUUUUGGAGAUGAACGCAAAGCAAUCCCACACAUUUCAUCUUCUAUUAUCCCCGUUUUGGUUUGGGGCGAUUGAAAAGCAAAGCAAACAAUCCAAUCGGAUACGUAUAUCGUGUCCGUUGCGGAAUUAUUCAGUUUGAGCAAACAACUACUGACGUUGCCACAUCUACAAUAUCCACCAUUUUCUGCUUUAUUCUUUCUUGAUAUCAUUUGCUUCGACCAAAGCUCCAAACUCCCGAAAACCAAAAAAACAUUUCAGUUUUGUAACAUCCGAUCCGAAAUGCGGAGGAUAUAAUAAUAUGCAUCAAAUAUGGCACAAAGACGGGCCAAAUCGAAGGUCUAGUGAAAAAUAUUUUUAAAAAAAAGAACGUUGUGUUGUCUUAUGUCGUGUGUGUGUGUAUGUAUUGUCAAGUUGAAGAAUGCGGUGAGCAUGAGAGUGUGGAUUUGAUUUGAUUUUCGUUUUGUGUGCAAAAUCAACGUUCUGUUCGAAAAACGUCAUCUUUUGUUUUCAGAGCCCAUCGCCUUCGAUGUCAACGGUUUCGUGCCCAGAGUAUCCCGAGUUACAGGACAAACUGCAUCGAUUGGCAAUGGCCAGAGAUAGUUUGCAACUUCAGGUACCGUAUUCAAUUCAUGACCCCCAUACAAACGUUAUUUAGGUAUCUGUGCUAAGCGAACAAGUUGGGGCGCAAAAAGAGAAGAUCAAAGACUUGGAAACCGUGCUGGCAUUGAAAAGGAACAACCUGACGUCAACCGAAGAACUUCUUCAAGAUGUAAAUACACUUUUCCCUGUUUAGAAUAUCUAAUUUCACCAUGCAACUCAACUUUUUUAAUGUUUCAAUGUUAUUCUCUCUCAAAAAUCUCCCACAAACUCUGCAACCACCUCACUCACACUUUCCACAGAAGUACCAUCGUAUCGAUGAGUGCAAAGAGCUCGAGUCGAAGAAAAUGGACUUGUUGGCCGAGGUGUCUUCGCUCAAACUGCGUUACGCCACUUUGGAGCGUGAGAAAAACGAAACCGAGAAGAAGCUGCGUCUCUCACAGGUCCGUGUGAUGGGGGGAUGAUAUUCUUGGAAAAUUAGCCGAAAGGGGAGAAGGGUCAGGGGAAAAAUGGGCGGAUAAUGUGGUUGGUUCUGUGCACUUUAUUAAUCUCACUAAACCCCAUCCUUUCGUUCCAUUACUAAAUACCCACUCUUCAUUAAUGGAUCUGCUGGUCUUUUUUGCACUAGGUUCACAAGUUCUUUCAUAAUACUACGGUAGCAUGUUUUCGUGUUUGUCGUGCAGUUUCCAUCAAAUUCCAUUUCUUUAACUUUGACUUUCAGAGCGAAAUGGAUCAUGUGAACCAGUCAAUGCACGGAAUGGUGGUCCAACAACAACUUCAGCACCAUACCAACAACGGUCAUGCUUCUGGAGGCUACAUGGCGCCACUCCGUGAGCACAGAAGCGAGAAGCAUGAUGAGGAGAUGGCGCAGCUCCGAACCGCUGUGCAACGGCUGAUUGCUGACAAUGAGCACAAAUCCCAUCAGAUCAACUCGCUGCGAAGUGCGCUUGAUGAGCAGAUGCGGUCCAGAUCGCAACAGGAGGAUUUCUAUGCGGCACAACGCAACUACAACGGCCAUGACACGUUUGAUGUGAAUGCACAGAUCCGACGGAUUCUGAUGGACGAGCCCAGUGACUCCAUGUCGCACUCCACCUCGUUCCCGGUGAGCUUGAGCUCGAACAACAGCAACGGUAAGGCACCGCGGAGCACUGUGCAAUCGUCCUCUUCCUACAACUCAUCUCUAUCUGCGGUCUCUCCACAGCAUAAUUGGGCGUCGGCUGGUGCUGGAACACCACGUCACUUGCAUCCAAUGACUGGUAACCAACGGGUCAACAAUGUUUCGGCUACACAGUAAGACGAGAAUCAUUUGAUUUUUUAUAGAAAAAAUUGUUGUUGCAGGUACCGUUCUCCUUCCUCUCCGGCUGCACGGCAACUGGCUGCUGAGCUUGAUGAGCUUCGAAGGAUCGGAAACGAAGUUGCGGCGCACAAUAACUACUCCUCUGCCAGUUUGCCUAGAGGUGUAGGAAAGGUAAGAGCACUUUCAAACAGAUUUAUUCAAGUGGUACAAUCAAUGUUCCAGGCAUCAUCCACAUUGACACUACCUGCGAAGAAACUGUCGGUCGCGUCGGGAGCAUCAGCCGGUGAGUUGGGCGGUUCGAUGAGCUCUGUCGCUCAGCCGACGCCCAAACGAACUUACCGAGCACAAAUGAACCGAUGGAUCAACGAAAAACUGCGGCGGAAUAAGCGGGCGAUAAGCGCGCCGAAUUUAGGUAGAGAGCGAGAAUGACGGCACUGUUUUUUGUUCGGCGUGGCAUUCUGACAUUCUCUAACAUUCACGUUUUUAACAGACAGGCAAAAGAAAAGAGUUUGUGUCUGACUUGAUUUCCUUAUGUUCAAACCGAAAAAUUUUGCGUUCGUUGUAAUAUCCGCUAACAAUUAUUGUUCUCUUUCUCAAUCAGAUAUCAAGAAUCCGGUCCACAUUUGUCCUUGGUAACGUUCUCUUCCUACUUUUAUGUGUUUUGAAAAGAAAUUGGUUGAUUUUCGCUUACCUUGCACUCCCCCCACACGUUCGAAUCCAAGAGCAAGCUUUUUAACUGAGAAAACAACAUUAACCAAUUCCUUUUUUCGAAUUUCCAGUGCAUUUUUCUUCAAAAACCUUUUGUUUCAGUUGAAUCCGAUGAUGAAAUCGCGAGAGGGCGUAGUUUGAACACUACCUCGCAGCAGAAUCUCAAAAGUUUCUCGCGUGAACGCACAAGAUCAUCUCUGCGGAACAUCUUCAGCAAACUCACUCGUUCUACCUCGCAAGAUCAAAGCAAUUCUUUCCGACGUGGAAGCACCAUCCGAUCUACCUCGACGGCCAGAUUGGGGUCCACUACUCAUCUGGGAAGUGUUCCAAAACGGCCUCCACUUUCCCAGUUUGUGGAUUGGCGUUCCGAGCAGCUUUCCGACUGGAUCGCCGAGAUCGGAUACCCACAAUACAGCAACGAGGUGGCCAGACAUGUCCGAAGUGGCCGACAUUUUUUGAACAUGAGCAUGGGUGAAUACGAGGGAUUGCUGAACAUCAAGAACCCGGUGCAAAGGAAGAGAGUGGCUAUUUUGUUGCGGAGAAUCGAGGAGGAUAUUGUGGAACCGGCGAACAAGUGGGAUGUCCAUCAGACUCUUCGUUGGUUGGAUGAUAUCGGCCUACCGCAGUACAAGGAGGUUUUCGCGGAGAAUGUGGUCGAUGGACCGUUGCUGUUAGCGCUGACGGCGAGUGAUGCGGUCGAAAUGAAAGUGGUGAACGCUCAUCAUUACGCGACAUUGGCACGCAGUAUUCAGUUUUUGAAGAGAACUGACUUCCGUUUUGAUGCCAUGGAGAAGAGGAUGGAUCAGGUGAGCAUUUCAGAGAAGAUUACUGUAGCAAGGUAUUGUUUCCAGAACAUUAUUGAAAAGUACCCGUGCCCUGACGUGGUUGUGCGGUGGAGUCACUCGGCAACAUGUGAAUGGCUGCGGAAGAUCGACCUCGCCGAGUUCACCCCGAACCUUCUCUGUGCCGGAGUCCCUGGCGCCUUGAUGGUGAGAUUCGAUCUGAUUUGUCCUACUGACUGACUCUCACAAAUCUCCGUUUCAGAUCUACGAACCAUCAUUCACCGCCGAAUCGCUGGCCGAGAUUCUGCAGAUGCCGCCGCACAAGACGCUGCUGAGACGUCACCUCACGUCGCACUUCAACCAGCUUCUCGGACAGAAGAUCAUCGCCGAUAAACGCGAUUUCCUGGCCACCGGCAAUUAUCCACAAAUCUCACCGACCGGGAGGGUAAAGGUAUUGAAAGCGAAUGGGCGACGGGAGAACAAAUUGUGAGAGUUUCAGGUUGUCAAGAAGGGAUUCUCAUUGACCAGAAAGAAGACGAAGAAUGAAAUCUGUCUGGAGCCGGAGGAGCUGCUGUGCCCACAAAUUUUGACUCACAAGUAUCCGACUUUGGUGAGUUUCAUUUAAAAAGUUCAUGAAACAAAAAUUGUGCGUAUUUAGGCUGGAGAAACGAGUUCUCUGGAAUCAUCAAACGUGUAG